UUAUUUGUGUUCUAGGGCCUAAGGGCUUGAGGUCUUUUUUUUGUUUGCUACAAACUCUGUUGAUUGCAAUGACCCAAUAAUGUUUCUUCCAGAUUUGCCCUUAUUCAAGUUCCUUGUGAUUUAUAUUUGUGAUUCUGAAUACCCAAAUUUUGUUCUAGAUUUCUAGGGUUUUUUUUUUUGACUAAUUCAGAAAGUUGAUCUAAUUUGUCAUAUCUGGAUUUGUGGGGUACUUGGUACCCCCUUGAAGCCAUACUUUUUCCUGUAACUGUUCAGACCAUCUGGGUUUGGUUUGGGGUUAGGGUUAGAUCUGAAAUCUGAUAAUAAUCUGAUUGAUUAUUACUUUAGAUUUUUUUCUUGGUUUUUGGGAUAAGGGUUUGAGGUUUAAUUUUUUUUUGUUUAAUUUUCUGAAUUUCCUAAAUUUGGUAAUUUAUUCUAAUUCGGUGUAUUAAAGGAGUUUGAGCUGGAUUGAGUAAACUGAAAAUUGCAGACUCUUGGAUCAGGACCUUUAAAUGGGGACAGAACUUGUGAGAGUUUGCGUCAAAGAAGAGAAUGAUGAAGUUCCAUCAGUUCCACCAGGCUUUGAGUCAUGUGCAUCGUUCCCCUUAAAACGGGUACAAGAUGUUGAGAAACAUGAUAAUGACAUGAAAAGCAGUUGCUCAGCUUCUGUAAGUGCCUCUGAAUCACAGCAAGUUCAGUUAGAAACUGAUGGUGGUGAUUCUGAUGGUGCGAAGAUGAGGCCCCUUCGGCGUAGACCAUGGAUAAACUAUGGGCAGUUUGAUCAUAGUUCAGAGGAUGAAUCUGAUUCCAGGAAGCUUGGUCAAAAUUUUACUGUAAAACCUUGUCUUCCUAAGGGGGUUAUCCGUGGAUGUCCAGAUUGUAGUGAUUGCCAGAAGGUUACUGCAAGUUGGCGUCCAGAAGAUGCUUGCAAGCCUGUCCUUGAAGAUGCUCCUGUAUUCUAUCCUACUGCAGAGGAAUUUGAAGAUACUUUGAAAUAUAUAGCUACCAUUCGUCCAAAAGCUGAACCAUAUGGAAUAUGCCGGAUUGUUCCCCCGUCCUCUUGGCAACCUCCUUGUCCACUUAAAGAAAAGCAGAAAUGGGAGAGUUCUACAUUUGCAACCCGUGUGCAAAGGGUUGACAAACUUCAGAAUCGGCAUUCAAUGAGAAAGAUAUCAAAGUUCCAACAAAACCAUAAUAGGAGAAAAAGACGCAGAUGCACAAAAAUGGCUGUGGACUGUGGAACUGAUUGCAGCAAUGUCCCUGGAACUGGUUAUGGCGGAUAUUUUGAGGAUGAGAGAUUUGGGUUUGAACCUGGCCCAGAGUUUACUCUGAAUAAAUUUCAGAAAUAUGCAGAUUUUUUCAAGGGUCGAUACUUUAGGAGGAAUGGGAAUGAUAUUCAAAAUAUGGGAGUUAAUGCAGCCAUGCUUCAAGAGAACUGGGAACCAUCCGUGGACAAUAUUGAGGGGGAAUAUUGGCGGAUAGUUGAGAAAGCAACUGAAGAAAUAGAGGUCCUAUAUGGGGCUGAUUUGGAAACUGGGGUUUUUGGUAGUGGUUUUCCUAAAAUGCCUAUUCAAGUUGGUUCUGCUUCAGAUGAGCGGUACAUAAAAUCAGGCUGGAACUUGAAUAACUUUCCACGGCUACCUGGAUCUGUCCUCACUUAUGAAAGCGGUGAUAUAUCUGGUGUUCUUGUACCAUGGUUGUAUAUAGGGAUGUGUUUUUCUUCCUUUUGUUGGCAUGUCGAAGAUCAUCACUUGUACUCUCUAAAUUACAUGCAUUGGGGUGCUCCAAAAAUGUGGUAUGGUGUUCCAGGAAACAAUGCCCUUAAAUUGGAAAAGGCUAUGAGAAAGCAUUUGUCUGAUCUUUUUGAAGAACAGCCUGACCUGCUUCAUAAGCUAGUUACACAGCUUUCCCCCUCCAUACUGAAAUCUGAAGGUGUACCUGUCUAUCGCUGUGUUCAGAAUGCUGGAGAAUUUGUUCUGACCUUCCCUCGAGCGUAUCAUUCAGGAUUCAAUUGUGGCUUCAACUGUGCAGAGGCAGUGAAUGUAGCUCCUGUUGACUGGUUGCCCCAUGGGCAGAUUGCUAUAGAGCUAUACCGCCAGCAGGGGCGUAAAACUUCCAUCUCCCAUGAUAAACUUUUGCUUGGGGCUGCAAGGGAAGCUGUUAGAGCUCAUUGGGAGCUUAAUUUACUGAAGAAGAAUAAUUUGGAUAACUUAAGAUGGAAAGAUUUGUGUGGAAGGGAUGGAAUCUUGGCAACAGCACUUAAGACUCGUGUAGAAAUGGAGCGUGUGAGGAGGGAAUAUUUUUGCAGUUCUUCACUAGCAAUGAAAAUGGACAGUAAUUUUGAUGCCACUAGUGAGAGGGAAUGUGUUGUAUGCCUUUUUGACUUGCACUUGUCUGCGGUGGGUUGUCAUUGUUCCUCAGAUAAGUAUGCCUGUUUGAAUCAUGCAAAGAAUUUCUGCUCAUGUGCUUGGAGUGCCAAAUUUUUCCUCUUUCGUUAUGACAUCAGGGAAUUGAACAUCCUUGUUGAAGCAUUGGAAGGGAAAUUAAGUGCAGUUUACAGAUGGGCAAGACUAGAUCUUGGACUGGCCCUGAGUUCAUAUAUCUCCAGAGACAAUGUGCAAGUUGAUAAUUUAUCUCAUUCCAUUUAUGGCAAGGUACUUAAAGAUGUGAAAUCUCAGCCUACAGAAGCCAGGAUCUUUGGAUUAAUGUCAUCUCAACAAAAUAAUAAUCCAUCAGAAGCUAUGUUGCCCUUGAAAGACAUGAAAAUAUCAUCUACAUCUGACAAAUCUUCUCAUGUAAUUGAAAUAAAAAAUUCUAACUUGAAGUUGAGGACUGAAGAAUCUAUUCAUUUGGCUUCCAGUCCAAGACAACCUGUUUGUCAGUUCUCUCAAGAAAAUAUGUCAUAUAAUACAGAUCAAGCUGACCAGAAAUCUUUAUUAAAUAAGCCUUCAGUUUUGGGAAAUAACACUGUUAUACUGCUUAGUGACGACGAAGAUGACGAACCAAAAGAGACGGUUUCAAAAAGAUCUACAGGAAGCUCUGUAAAAGAUGUAGAAUAUUCUGGGCAAUCAGCUUCUUCUGAAGAUAAAACAACCACAUGUAGUCAUGAUAAAGUUCCAGUCUUGUUUGCCCCAGUCACUAGUGCUAUAUUAACGAGUCAAAAGGAUUUGUGUACUGUAUCUGAUGUACAAAGGAUUAAUUGUCCAUCUAAUACUGUGCAAGUGAAAGCUGAACAUCAUCCAGAUGGUGGAACAUUGUUGGAAUCUAGUCCACCAGAAGUUUCCUGUCUUGUAGUCUUUACAAAUGAAGAAUCUGGUAGAACUCUUUCAAAUUCCACAAUUAGUGGGGAGACCAGUUGUCAUAAUGUGUCAAAUGUCGGGAGUAACCUUGAGCAUCUUCCACCAUGUGAAAAUGGAAAUUCUAACUAUGAGGACAGUCAUGAAAAGUUGGGAACACCUUCCACCUCAAAUUUAGCAAGCAAUGUGAGAAAUAAUACAGGGAAUCCAUCUUGCUCUCAAAACAACUUAGACAGAUCAUUCCACCAGAAAGGUCCUCGCAUUGCAAAGGUUGUGCGGAGAAUCAACUGCAAUGUUGAGGCCCUGGAAUAUGGCAUUGUGCUUUCUGGAAAGUUAUGGUGUAACAGCCGGGCAAUAUUUCCCAAAGGAUUUAGGAGCCGGGUUAGGUACAUAAGUAUUCUAGAUCCAACAAAUAUGUGUUACUAUGUUUCAGAAAUUCUUGACGCAGGACGUGACAGACCGCUCUUUAUGGUUUCCUUGGAGCUAAGUCCCAGUGAGGUAUUCAUUCAUAUUUCUGCUGCCAAAUGCUGGGAAAUGGUUAGAGAUAGAGUAAAUCAAGAGAUAGCAAAGCAACAUAAAUUGGGAAGGACAAACCUUCCUCCUUUACAGCCUCCUGGGAGUGUUGACGGCUUUGAAAUGUUUGGGUUUUCUUCUCCAGCAAUUGUGCAGGCCAUAGAGGCAAUGGACCGUAAUUGUGUUUCUAUGGAGUACUGGGACUCCCGACCCUUCUCCCGGGCUCAAAUGCAGAUUCAACAACCUUCUCAAAAUGGCAGUAACUUAAAUACAGCGUAUGGGGAUCAAAAUAGUCAGGAUUCACCGGUUGGAGCUGAAUCAAUUCUUAGAGGCCUCUUUAAGAAAGCAAGUCCUGGAGAACUGCAUUCACUUCAUAGCAUUUUAAAGGACAAUAGACCAGCAGGUGAUCGAUUCUUGCUGACUCAACUUCUUAAAAAAGAGAUUUACAAUCGUCCCCGAUGAUUCAUUAUUUUGGAUCAAAACUAAACAUACCAUGGCAGUUUUGACUUUGUAAAUUCCCCAGUUCUUGCAUUCAUCUAGCACAUGCACCCACUAUUCUCAUUCAUCACUUUAUUCUUUUUGUUCUUCGUAGAUAAAGAAAAUAGAGAGAAAAUAGUUCAUGGAAUUCCAUUUCUGGGAAUUUCAGCCAGUGGAUGCUACCCCCCACCCUGUCCUAUUCUAACAAUUACUUAUUUGGGACACUGUAUAAAACUUUAGUCGAGUUGAAAAAGCCUAUGGAUCUUCCUUUUGUUAAAAACAAUUAAAUAUGAUUCGGCCUAAUGUACAAAAUAGUUUCAUGUUGGGCUCA